AUGAACUCAAUCUGGGUGCUAACGGGCCAGGUCCCCGACGUUACAGCCGGUCAGUCACAUACCUAUAAGAAGGCGUCCCCGGCUACGCGGCGGAGGUCCGCCUCCUCAAGCGCAAGCGCCGCCACCGCCGUCGCCGCCGAGGCUGCCAGGCUCGCUACCGUUACCGCAACACUCAAGCGACUCGCUACGCUACCCCCGCCCGCCAAGUACAUAUCACAGCUCGCGGCAGAGCUACCCGAGGGCCGCGUCGUACUGCCCCGGGAUGCCCCUAAGGCGUUCACAGCGGCCGUGGACGCGCACUUUGCGAUGCAGAACCGCGGUGUUAUUUUUAAGCCCACCUAUAUUCUCCAGCCGCAUAAGAUCGCGGAGCUAAGCAUUACGGUACGCUACCUUACCCAGGAGCACGCCGUACGUAACACAGGCAGCAGCAGUAGCGGCAGCAGGACUAGCAACCAGGGGCUCUUUACAGUGCGCUACACAGGCGCAAACCCGGCGCAGGGCGUGGCCGGGGCCCGGGACGGCGUCCUACUCAACCUCUCGCGGCUGAGCAGCAUAAGCCUCUCUACCGACCAGGCGGUCCUCAGCGUCGGCGGUGGCUGCAUAUAGGAGGCCGUCUACGACUAUGCCGACUCGCGCGGCCUUACGGUCGUGGGCGGUCGCUCGACCCCCGUCGGCGUGGGCGGCUCGACGCUGGGCGGCGGUACGUCCUUCUUCUCUGGCCACUUUGGGUUUAUCUGUUCGAAUGUCGUGUAUUACACGGUCGUCCUCGCCGACUUCGUUCCGACGUGUAGCGCGUCGCGUACGUGGAGGAGUCGAUCCGCCAUUUCUCGAACAUUACCUAACCGCGGUGGAAACGAUCGCGAAUCUAGGUCGAUUAUAUAUCGUACG